UAUCAAAUCGAUUCAUUCUCUUCUUCGUCUCUCUCGAUCUCGCGAUCGAAACCCUAGAAAUAAAGAAGAGGAGAAGAGAAUCGAUGAGCAGGAUGAUGAUGACGAUGAGCUCCAUGGAUGCAAUGAAUACCGUAGUGCUGGAUGAUAUCAUACGGCGGUUGCUCGGCGGAGCUCGUUCUGGGAAACAGGUCCAGCUCUCGGAGGCUGAGAUCCGCCAGAUCUGUGUUGAAAGCCGACGGAUUUUCUUAUCCCAGCCUAAUCUCCUUGUCCUUAAGGCACCUAUCAAGAUCUGCGGUGAUUUACAUGGACAGUUUGCUGACCUCUUGAGGUUGUUUGAAUGUGGUGGCUUUCCUCCUUCUUCAUCUUAUUUAUUCCUCGGGGACUAUGUUGAUCGGGGGAAACAAAGCCUAGAGACGAUUUGUCUGCUUCUUGCUUAUAAGUUAAAAUACCCUGAUAAACUCUUUCUUUUGAGGGGAAAUCAUGAAGACCCAAAGAUAAAUCGAGUUUAUGGCUUUUAUGAUGAAUGUAAAAGGAGGUUUAAUGUACGACUCUGGAAAAUAUUCACUGAUUGCUUUAAUUGUCUGCCUGUGGCUGCACUUAUUGAUGAUAAGAUACUUUGUAUGCAUGGUGGCCUUUCGCCAGAUUUGAACAGUCUGGAGCAAAUAAAAGAUAUUGAGAGGCCGACUGAAAUUCCAGAGAGUGGUCUUCUUUGUGAUUUGCUUUGGUCUGAUCCUGAUUCUGGUACUGAAGGGUGGGGAAACAGUGAUCGAGGGGUGUCUUGUACUUUCGGAGCAGAUAAGCUUAUAGAGUUUCUAGAUAAACAUGAACUUGAUCUUAUAGUACGAGGUCAUCAGGUGGUGGAGGAUGGGUAUGAGUUUUUUGGACAACGAAGAUUAGUCACAAUAUUUUCAGCUCCUAACUAUUGUGGGGAUUUUGAUAAUGCUGGUGCAUUAUUAAGCAUUGAUGACUCCCUGCUUUGUUCAUUUGAGAUAUUGAAACCUAUACUUAAAGCCAUACCUGGCGGCUCUAACACAUUAAGAUCACUACCCAAGAAGUCUUCUAAAGGUGGAAAGGUCUGAAGCUACUUGAAUAACCUGAACAUGGAGGUUGGCUUAACUUUAGAUGAUAUCUGUAAAUUGGUUUGGGUCCAGAAGAGGCCAUGUUAAUAAUUUUAUUGAUUGAUUGUCCUUCUCCAGUUUGAGACUCUUGAAGUCUUAGAAUAUAUCUGUAAAUGAAUGGCAAAAAUCUCCCUCAGCUGUACAGUAGUUAAAGUUUUCACCAUUUUUGUUCAUCUGUUCCUCGUCAUGACAAUAGAUGCUUUUCUGAGGAUUUUCUU